AUGGAUGCAAGCACGGGUCGCGAGGUGCUUCCAAAGAAUGUGAAGCCAUUGCACUACGAUGUGACUUUGGAGCCAAAUUUUGAAAAAUUUACCCUUGAUGUGAAAGAGGAUUCUACGUCUAUCUCCCUCAAUACGUUGGAGCUUGAUAUCCAUUCUACCAAAAUAUCUUCAGGCGGCUCCGACAUCGCAGUGGCUCCUCAAUUAGCCUACAAUGAAGACUCUCAGACAACUACAAUAUCUUUCGAACGAAAGCUCCCAGCAGGCACAAAGGCAGUCCUUACGCAAACGUUUACUGGUUACCUCAACGAUAAGCUUGCAGGCUUCUACAGAUCAUCAUACAAAGACAAGGAUGGCUCAACGAAAUGGCUGGCAUCUACACAGUUCGAAGCUACGGACGCUAGGAGAGCAUUCCCAUGUUUCGAUGAGCCAGCAUUAAAAGCAGAAUUCACGGUGACCCUCAUAGCAGACAAGCAUCUAGUAUGUUUGAGCAACAUGGAUGUGGCUUCCGAGAAGGAAAUCAACUCAAGUAUAACAGGUGGGAUGAGGAAGGCCGUGAGGUUCAAUAGGUCUCCACUCAUGUCUACUUACCUAGUAGCAUUCAUCGUGGGAGAGCUCAAUUAUGUAGAGACCAAAGAAUUUAGGAUACCUAUUCGCGUCUAUGCCACUCCGGAUAAGGACAUCGAGCACGGAAAGUUCUCUCUGGACCUUGCGGCAAAGACGUUAGCUUUCUAUGAAAAGGAAUUCGCUGCUCCAUUUCCCCUACCAAAGAUGGAUAUGGCUGCAAUUCCUGACUUUAGUGCAGGAGCAAUGGAGAACUGGGGUCUCGUGACGUAUAGAGUCGUGGAUCUAUUAUUCGAUGAGAAGACUAGCGGUGCAGGCACAAAGCAGAGGAUUGCGGAGGUGGUGCAGCACGAGCUAGCUCAUCAGUGGUUCGGCAAUCUCGUGACUAUGGAUUUCUGGGAGGGCUUAUGGCUGAAUGAGGGCUUUGCUACAUGGAUGUCUUGGUACUCGUGCAACAAGUUCUACCCUGAGUGGAAAGUAUGGGAAGGUUUCGUGACAGACAACUUGCAAGGAGCACUGUCUCUAGACUCGCUUAGAAGCAGUCAUCCGAUUGAGGUGCCCGUGAAACGAGCCGAUGAGAUAAGUCAGAUCUUUGAUGCCAUAUCAUACUCCAAAGGGUCGUGCGUCAUCGUCAUGCUUUCGAAAUACCUCGGUGAAGAGACAUUCAUGGAGGGCAUACGGUUAUACAUCAAGAAGCAUGCUUAUGGAAACACUCGGACGGAGGACUUAUGGGCUGCUUUAGCUGAAGCGAGCGGCAAGCCCGUAGAGAAGGUAAUGGCCAUAUGGACGAAGAAUGUUGGCUACCCAGUCGUGACUGUGACGGAAAAUCCAGAUAACAAAAGCAUUCACGUCAAACAGAAUCGCUUCCUCCGCACAUCAGACGUCAAAUCCGAAGAAGACGAAACACUCUUCCCUGUUUUCCUCGGCCUUCGAACAAAGAGUGGAAUCAACGAAGGCCUUACCCUCUCCGUUCGCGAACAAGACUACCAUCUCCCCGACGGCACCUCCUUCUACAAACUCAACACCGACCACACCAGCACUUAUCGCACUUCCUACACUCCGUCGCACCUCAAGAAACUCGGCGAAGCCGCUGCAUCCGGCUUGCUCUCUACCUCUGACCGAGCGGGCAUGGUCGCCGACGCGGGCGCCCUCGCCUCGUCCGGCUACCAAAGCACGUCCGGCCUGCUCUCCCUCCUAAAAUCCUUCAGCGCCGAGACCGAGUUCAUAGUCUGGGAAGAACUCCUAACGCGUAUCUCCGCGAUCCGGAGCGCCUGGCUCUUCGAACCGCAAUCCAUCCAAGACGCCCUUAAAACCUUCCACCUCUCCCUCGUGUCCACCAAAGCCCAUGAAAAAGGCUGGACCUUCUCCCCCUCCGACGGCCAGAUCGAGACGCAAUUCAAAGCGCUCCUAUUCGGCUCCGCUGGCCUCGCAGGUGACGAGAAGAUCAUCUCGGCGGCUCUCGACCUCUUCGCAAAAUUCGCAUCCGGAGAUCGCGGAGCUAUCAACCCCAAUAUCCGUGCCUCUGUCUACGCCAUCGCUUUGCGUCUCUCUCCUACCCAGCAGGAUAAGGAGAAAGCUUACGAUACUCUUUUGAAUGAAUACCACACCGCCCCCACCGCCGACGAGCGCAACACCGCUCUCCGCGCUCUAUCGCGCGUCGGGUCCAACGCAGCACUCACCAAGCACACGAUAGAAUUACCGCUCAGCGACGACGUCAAGGCGCAGGAUGUUUAUCUCCCCAUCGCGGGGCUGAGGACAGACAAAGAAGGCGUGGAGGCGCUGUGGGAAUGGAUGACGACGGGAUGGGAGAAGCUGAAUGUGAAACUGCCGCCUGGGCUGGGCGGGCUGAGUAAUGUGAUCAGUAUCUGUGUCGGAGGGUUCACAUCGGAGGAGCAGAGGGAUGUGGUGAAGAAGUGGUUUGAGGGGCGGAGCACAAAGGGCUUCGAUCGCGCACUCGAGCAGAGCUUAGAUGCUGUACAGGCGAAGGCGAACUGGUUGAAGAGGGAUGGGGGAGAUGUAGAGGGCUGGUUAGUGGAGAAUGGAUAUUUAUCUAAAAGUGGCGAGAAACUAUAA